AUGGAUAGAGGACACUCCAAGCGGCGCAAUUUCUUCGAUUUUGGUGUAAAUACAAGAAAAAUGAUGCAACAUGUGAAAGAAUCUAAAUCAGGUUCCAGUGGGAUUCCAGUGAAGAUCGUCACAAAUCUUUUGCCUUCAGAUCACCCCCAGUGGUUCUUGUACCAGUAUCAUGUGACUUUCUUGCCCGACAUUGAAUCAAAACGUUUACGGAUGGCACUACUCUUCAGCCAUAGUGAUCUAUUAGGAAAGAUCAGGGCAUUUGAUGGAGCUGUUCUCUUCCUCCCAAAAAAACUGCAAAAUCAAGUUACAGAAGUGACAAGCAUAAUGAAAAACAGCCAAGCAGUGAAUAUAACCAUUGCUCUGACAAGUGAAUUUCCACAAGAUUCUCCCAUGUGCAUCCAGUUUUUCAAUAUCACUAUCAGAAAAGUUCUCAAAAUGCUGUCGAUGUACCAAAUUGGGCGAAACUUUUAUAAUCCAUCAACUCCAAUUCAGAUUCCUCAACACAGGUUGGUUCUAUGGCCAGGGUUUGCUACCUCAAUCCUGAGGUAUGAGACCAAGAUAUUAUUGUCUGUUGAUGUAAGUCAUAAGAUUCUACGGAGCGAGACUGUAUUGGAUUUCAUGACUGAGUUAUACAGCAGAAAUGGUGACCAGCAUUUCAUUGACACCUGUAUGAAGGAAUUAGUGGGAUUCAUUGUCCUUACAAGGUAUAAUAAUAAAACAUACCGCAUUGAUGAUAUUGACUGGUCUGUGAAACCCACUCAUACAUUCAGAAAGGCAGAUGGAACUGAAAUCAGUUACGUUGAUUAUUACUCACAGCAAUAUGAUGUCUCGAUCUCUGAUCUGAAUCAGCCAAUGCUAGUCAGCCAGUUAAAAAUUAAACGUUUUGAAACAGAUGCGGUUCCACGUAUUGCUCACCUCAUUCCAGAGCUCUGCUUUCUGACAGGGCUAAGCAACCAGGCCCGCUCUGAUUUCCGUAUUAUGAAGGAUCUGGCUGCGGAGACACAGCUGACUCCUCAAAGGAGACAACAGAGACUCCAUGAACUGAUUGAUAGUAUACAAAGAAACAAAGUAGCACGUACCGAGUUGGAAGGCUGGGGAUUACGCCUUGAUGAGCAGAUUUCAUUGUUUGGCCGUGUCCUUCCUUCUGAGAAAAUUCACAUGCUUGAUCAUUCUUUUGUGCCAGUAUCACCAGUAGACUGGUCCAGAGAUUCUCAGCACUCAAGGAUUAUUGGCAGUCACCCACUCCAAAAUUGGCUGAUGGUUUUUAGUCAAAGAAGUUGUGAAGCAGCUGGGAAGCUUUUGUCAUGCCUCAGAAAAGUAGGACCAUCAAUGGGCCUUUCAGCUGAGAAUCCCAAAAUGGUGCAAGUAAAUGAAAAUACUACAUCCUUCAUACAGGCUUUGAGGCAUCACAUUGAGCCAAGUACACAGUUGGUGUUGUGCAUCCUACCCUCAAAUCAGAAGGAUAAAUAUGAUUGCGUAAAGAAAUUCUUGUGCAUAGAGAAACCAACUCCAAGUCAAUGUGUGGUGGCCCGUACACUGAACAGGGCAAAUAUUAUGAGUAUUGUCACUAAAAUUGCUCUACAGGUGGCCUGCAAAACAGGGGGAGAAUUGUGGAUGGUGGAAAUUCCUUUAAAAUCCUUGAUGGUGAUUGGCAUUGACAUUAAUCGAGAUGCACUUAGAAAGGGAACAUAUGUUGGAUUUGUGGCAAGCAUCAACAGCACAGUAACAAGAUGGUUUUCUCGCUGUAUCUUCCAGCCUUCUGGUGUAGAAGUAGCUGAUUGCUUGAAAGUUUGCAUGAAAGGUGCUUUACAUAAAUGGCUGGAAAUGAAUCAUGAUUUGCCGGGCCGCAUUGUGGUUUAUCGUGAUGGUGUAGGGGAUGGGCAACUAAUGACACUGGUGGACUAUGAAGUUCCCCAAAUACUUGACAGCUUCAAGUAUUAUAGGUCAGAUUAUAGCCCUAAAGUUACCAUCAUUGUAGUUCGGAAGAAAGGUACCUGUCGAUUCUUUGCUGGCACGAAUGGAAUGCUUCAGAAUCCACCAGUUGGCACUCUGAUUGACAGUGAAGCUACUCGUCCUGAAUGGUAUGACUUUUUCCUAAUCAGUCAGUGUGCACGUCAAGGGACAGUUUCCCCAACAUACUACAAUGUUGUGUAUGACAACAGUUGCAUGAAGCCAGAUCAUGUGCAGAGGUUAACCUACAAGUUGUGCCACCUUUAUUACAACUGGCCUGGUGUGAUACGUGUUCCAGCUCCAUGUCAAUACGCAUGCAAGCUUACAGGUUUGGUGGCCCAGAGUGUUCAUAGAGAGCCUGACCUGCAAUUGGCCGAUUGCCUUUUCUUCCUCUGAAACCUAACCAUCAAGCAAGCAGGCGGUGACAUUUCUUCUCUCUUUCGGAAAAACCAAAAUGCUACGUGUGUUAGGUUGGUUUUGAAAUCCACAAUAGUCUUUGCUUUAGGGAAGUUAACUAUUUUAGGGAAGUUUAUUUUUGUUCUCAAGUGUCAUUUGCAUUAAAAUGAAAAAGUUCUUGUUAAAUUUCCAUCGGUCUUUUUAUAACAUAUCUGAAAAAAGAAAGUCAUAUUUCUUAAAAUGUGUCUAUGAUGAGCCUUAAACAUUA